AUGGAUCCUGUAUCGGACAUUCGACAACGCCGUAAGGAAGAAGACAAUACCUCAGGUCCGUCAACUCGGAGUUUUACAAAGAAGCUUGAGAAGCUAGAUAUUUAUCCCAAGAUUGGAGAUGACUAUGUAAUUAAAACGGAGAGCGGUGGAUUUGUUUCGUUGUUUUCGGGGUUCAUUAUUAUCAUUUUGUUUGUGUCUGAGUUGACGAACUAUCUGAAGGUAAAUCGAACGGACGUUAUCACAAUCGAUAACACCCGCAACGAAAAACUCCAAAUUAAUUUCAACAUAUCUCUCUAUGGAAUUCCUUGCAGUGAAGCUUCUCUCGACAUCAUGGACAUAUCAGGACAGCAGCAAAUGGGCGUGACGUCUCGGAUUGUCCAACUCGAUCUCGAUGAAAACCACAAACCUGUCAACAUGGCAUUGUCCUCUGUCUUGUACGAAAAAAACAUCGAUCCUGCGUGUGGCAGCUGCUUUGGCGCCUCUCUCUCAAACGUCUGCUGCAACACGUGCGAUGAUGUGCUUUCUGCGUACGAGCGUCGUGGUUGGGACACGUGGUUCGUCUCCAAAUACUCUCCGCAGUGCCGCAAGAACAACGACGAGGUGAAAAAGCCGCGCGUGAACAGUCAAGGCUGCAUGAUGUGGGGCGUUCUGGAAGUGAACAAAGUGGCCGGCAAUUUCCACAUCGCCGUGGGCCACGCCGCCAAUCGCGACAGUCACCACAUCCACUCCUUCAACCCCCUGAUGAUCAGCAAAUUCAACGUAACGCACCACAUCGAGAAAUUGAGUUUCGGAGAACACAUUCCGGGGAUCCAAAACCCGCUGGACGGGCACGACAUGGUGGCAGAGAGUUUGACGUCGCAGAAUUAUUACUUGAAAGUCAUGCCGACGGUGUAUUCGAAUCGAACUUCCACGGUGGUGUCCAAUGAGCUCUCCGUGAACGAGGUCUCGCGGCGCGUGGAGAUGACGCCCUUCGGGCAGAUCACGUCGCUGCCGGGGAUCUUCUUCAUCUACGAUAUCACGCCGUUUAUGCACGUGGUGACGGAGAGUCGGAUCGCCUUCGCGCAUUUCCUGGUUCGCGUCUGCGCGGUGAUCGGCGGCGUGGCGGCUGUAGGGGCAGAGAGAGAGAGGUGA